AUGUCCCGGUUCUCCCGCUACGACACCGACGAGGAACGCCUCCCCGAAGGCAUGGAGCGAGUCGGCUACGACGCUGACGAGCAAGUCUACACAUUCCGUGACGCCGACGGCAGCUACUGGGAGAGCGCUCCAGGCAACCAGUACGGCCGCCUCACAAAGGUUGGAGAAUCUCGCAUCCCCGAGGACCACGAGCCCUUCAUCGUCUCAGAGCAGAACAAGAAGCUGUCGUGGCGGAACGAGAUGCGGCCGUUCCUCAACUUUAUGAUGCUCAUCGGCCUGUGCCUAUUUGGCAUGUUCUGGUUCUUCCACAGCGCUGGGGGAGGUACACCGACCGAGGAGGGCAUGCCUCUGCCAAACUGCCCGGAUACCACGACGCCCUAUUGGAUCAAGAGUGGUGAUACGUGCUGGGAGAUUGCGAAAUCGCACAGUAUCAGCGUGGAUGACCUGCUAAAGGAGAAUGCUGAGAUCUCCUGUGAUGCCCUCAAGCCUGAGCAUCGGAUUUGCCUGCCCAACAAGGGCACCAAGGACAUGAAGACCAGUGAGGAGUCCAAGGGCAAGGAGGAGAAGGAGACCUAA